ACCAAAACAAGGAAAAAGAAAAAGAGGUAAUGGGAUAAGGGGAAUAGAGAGAAGGAAAUGAUUAUCCAUUAUCAGAAGCUAUAAAUAAUUGCCACGGAUUUAAACCUCAUCUUUUGCCUCUCUGCUCAUUGAACCAAACCAAAGAAAAACAAGCAGAAAUAGCAAUGUCCAAUCUCUUCUCUCUCAAUCCGUCGUCCUCCUUUCCGUCUCUCUCCCCUUUAACACCCCCCAAAAAGUUCUCUUUUUGGAAAGCAAAACCCACUUUCCAGUUGAAGAAACCAGCACUUGUAACCUCAGUUCUCUCGACUAAAACUGACCCACAAAUUCCCCAAUCUGUACAGACAUUCUGGCAGUGGCUUUGUGAUGAAGGCGUGGUUUCGUCGAAAACUCCAGUGAAGCCAGGUGUUGUCCCAGAAGGCUUAGGCCUUGUUGCCACAAGGGACAUUGCUAAAAAUGAGGUCGUUUUGGAGGUUCCCAAGAGAUUUUGGAUCAAUCCUGAUGCAGCUGCAGCUUCAGAAAUUGGUAGCGUUUGUUCUGGUUUGAAGCCUUGGAUUGCUGUAGCUCUAUUCUUGCUCACAGAAAAGUCUAGAGAGGAUUCUAAAUGGAAAUUUUACUUUGAAAUUCUUCCACAGUCUACUGACUCCACUAUUUUUUGGUCAGACGAGGAGCUUGCUGAGCUUCAAGGGACACAACUACUGAGCACGACAUUAGGUGUGAAAGAGUAUGUGCAAAAUGAGUUUUUGAAAGUGGAAGCAGAAGUAAUCCUUCCCAACCAGAAGCUUUUCCCUUCUCCUAUAACUUUGGACGAGUUUUUUUGGGCAUUUGGGAUACUCAGAUCAAGGGCAUUCUCACGGCUUCGAAAUCAGAAUCUUGUUGUAAUCCCGUUUGCUGACUUGAUCAACCACAGUGACAUUGUAACCACAGAAGAUCAUGCGCAUGAAGUUAGAGGACCAGCAGGUCUUUUCUCUUGGGAUUACCUAUUUUCUCUGAGGAGCCCAUUACACCUUAAGGCUGGUGAACAGGUCUUCAUUCAAUAUGACUUAAACAAGAGCAAUGCUGAUAUGGCUUUGGACUAUGGAUUCGUUGAAUCAGGGUCAAAUCGUGAUGCAUUUACAUUAACAUUAGAAAUUUCUGAGUCAGAUGAAUUUUUUGGGGACAAGCUGGAUAUUGCUGAGACAAAUGGUUUAGGUGAAACUGCUUACUUUGAUGUUAAAUUGGAUCGCCCUCUUCCACCAGCUAUGCUUCCAUAUCUCCGGCUUGUAGCACUUGGCGGAACCGAUGCUUUUCUUCUGGAAUCAAUUUUCAGAAAUGCUGUUUGGGGUCACCUUGAAUUGCCUGUUAGCCAUGCAAAUGAGGAGCUUAUAUGUCAAGUGGUUCAAAAAGCUUGCAAAUCUGCACUUUCUGGCUACCCCACCACCAUUGAGCAGGAUGAGAAGCUAAUAGAGAAAGGAAAUCUUUGCACAAGGCAUGAGAUGGCUGUUAAGAUAAGAGCAGGAGAGAAAAAGGUACUGCAACACAUUGACAAAAUCUUUGCAGAGAGAGAAUCAGAGUUGGAUGGCUUGGAAUAUUACCAAGAAAGGAGGCUCAAGGAUCUUGGUCUAGUCGGCGAGCAAGGUGAGAUAAUCUUUUGGGAGUAGAGGGUAGCAGCCACCCCCAAACUUUUCUUGUUUGUUCAUGUAUUAUGCUGCGAGGGAAGGACACAGACACAAGUUUACGUGGGAUUAGCAGAGCAUCUCUAAGUGGACACCAUUGGCAGUGCAUCUAAAUCCUUCAGGAGGCAACUACAGCAAUCAUCAUCCUCUGGAAAGCAGUCACCACAUAUUUCAUAAUCUGAACUCCCGCCACUGUCUGCAAGUGGUCCGGAUUCAUGAGCUUCUCUGCACUCGUAUCCUAGGAUGGUCUUGGAGAUUGAGCUUUCUGUUUUCCAAAUUUUGAACUUGCUAAUCUUACAUGCUUCUGUUGGCCUAAAUUUAGCAGGAACAUUGUUUAAAGAUACAGAUCUGUACACCUGUUUGCCUCAAUCGAUGUGGAUGUGUUCUAGAAUCA